AACUGCCAGUCAUUCGUUCGUGAGCAUUUCCUCCGCAUUUCCGAAGUUUACUCCAUUUUUUUUUUGUAUUUCAAUUGAUAAUUUUAAGGAUUUGAGGGAUAAUUAUGGGUCUAGUACGCGUUGUGAAUGAUGACAGAGGAUUUCCCGGGGAAUUGUCGAGUGCUGGAACAAAACUCGUCGUUGUUGACUUCACAGCUACUUGGUGCGGUCCCUGCCAGAGAAUAGCCCCGAUAUUCGAGCAGUUAUCAACAAAAUACCCAAACGCAGUUUUCCUGAAGGUGGACGUUGACAAAAGCCCAGAGACAGCCGCUGGCGAGGGUGUGAGUGCCAUGCCGACGUUUAUAUUCUACCGAAAUCAGACAAAACUGGCGAUGUGCAGAGGUGCAAAUGCCGAGGCCCUUGAGAAUAAAAUAAUCGAGUAUUAUGGAGCUGGUGAUGGAGACGACGAGGGACCUGUUGCUGGACAUAUGGAUCUGAACAGUUUCAUCAUGAAGGGCCAGUGCGAGUCCUUGAACGAGUCCGACGACCACUGCCUCGAGCACUGUUUAACCGCUGAAGGUGGAUACCUGGAGAGUGACUGUGACGAACAGCUGAUAAUGUCAAUAACAUUCAGACAAGCCGUCAAAGUGCACUCGCUGAAAUUCAAGGGACCCAGUGACAAGGGCCCGAAGAAUAUAAAGAUUUUCAUCAAUCAACCGAGAACCAUUGACUUCGAUAUGGCUGACUCCAACACCAGUGUUCAAGAUAUUGAAUUAUCAGGGAAAGACGUGGAGGAGGGUAAUCCAGUGCCCCUGCGUUACGUCAAGUUCCAAAAUGUCCUAAACCUCCAAAUAUUCGUCAAGGACAAUCAAGGGGGCACUGAAACCACCCAGAUCGAUCAUCUAGCCAUCAUCGGUUCUCCAAUUUCCACCACCAACAUGGGAGAUUUCAGAAGAGUAGCGGGAAAAAAGGGAGAGAGCCACUGACACCUUCCCUCCACUAUUAUUCACUAUUUUCCAUUCUAUUAAUUAAAUAUUAUUUGUCCAUCGAAA